GUACGACGGAAGGACCUACAAACUCAGGAUGGCCACCAAGACGCAGCAGCCUCCUCAGCUCCAGCUGGCUGAGAUCACCGCGGCGCAGUUCAUCGACAUCUGGAAGCAUUACGACGCAGACGGCAACGGCUACAUCGAAGGGACGGAGCUGGAGGGCUUCUUCCAUGAGCUGGAGGAGGCACGGGGCGGAGCAACGGUGGACCCCAAAAACGUUGUCUUCAAGGAGAAGAUGAAGGAGUUCAUGGCAAAUUUUGACAAGAACAAAGAUGGGAGGAUUGAAAUGUCAGAGUUAGCUACGAUUCUGCCAACAGAGGAAAACUUCCUGCUCUGUUUCAGGCAAUAUGUCGGAUCAAGCUCUGAGUUUAUGACUGCGUGGAGACUGUAUGACAACGACCGCAGCGGAUACAUUGAGUCCAAUGAGCUGAAGGGCUUCCUGUCCGACCUGCUGAAGAAAGCCAACCGACAUUACGACGACAAGAAGCUCAACGAGUACACAGCCACCAUCCUAAAGAUGUUUGAUCUUAAUGGUGAUGGCAAGCUGGGACUCUCUGAGAUGGCAAGGCUUCUGCCUGUUCAGGAAAACUUCCUGCUGAAGUUUCAAGACAUUAAGCUGACCACCAAGGAGUUCAACGGCCUCUUCACCCUCUAUGAUAAGGAUGGUAACGGCUACAUCGAUGAGCAGGAGCUGGAUGCCUUGCUCAAGGACCUCUGCGACAAAAAGAAAAUGAAGGUGGGCCCGGGUGGGCUGGGGAGCUACAAGGCCAGCAUCAUGGCCCUGUCAGACGAAGGCAAGCUGUACCGCACCGAGCUGGAGAUCGUCCUCUGCAAGGAUUCCACGCUGUGAGCUCUCAGCCUGGCUGCUACAGGACCCCCCCCAUCCCCCCACACACACCAACCCCACCAGCACCAAUGGCAUGCAUUUGAUCCUAAACCACUUAAACUGCAAAUUAAUGUGCUACUCAGAGCACAUGCAUACAUACACAUACAGACAAACAGACAUACACACAAACACAUACACAAACACAUACACAUACACACACACACACACACACACACACACACACACACACACACACACACACACACACACACACACAACCCUCUACCUCCCUCCCCCCUGGCUGCCUCCCUAGUACUGCAGUCCUCUCUGAUUUACAUGUGGUUGGAUAGUGAAAUAUUUAAUAUAAAACCUACCUUUUGCUCCUCGUUAUA